AUGUCUCUCUAUACCAAACUCACGAUCGAUGACCACAUUUUCAACAUCCCCAACGACCCCGUCAAGAGCUUCCGCUUUAUCCGUGAGCAGAUAAUCACCUCCUACCGCGCCGUGACAGCCGGCAAGUCGACUCCUCGAGACUUGGCAUUUAUUUUCGGUACUGCUACGGAGGUCGCCACUACAGAGAUUCCCACUAUGGAGAUAGCGACCGCGGAGGCCAUCACUACGGAGGGCGCCACUACGAAGGUUACUACUACGCAGACUACGACGGAGGUUCCAACUAUGGAGGUAGGGACUACGAAGAUUAAUACUACAAAGGUCACCAGCAUGGAGGUUGCCACUAUAGAGAAUACUGCUACGGGGGUUGCUACUAUGGAGGCCACCGGUGGCGGGGGUGCCCAUAAUGAGGAAGUUGGAAUUUCAUCACAAGGUCGGAAACGAAAGCGCGCGAUCUUUGUGGAAAACGAUGAUGAGGAUGGUGGCGGGGACGGUGGGGGCGGUGACAAAGAGGGCGAAGACGACGAAAACGACGAAGACGAAGAGGAGGAGGCGCACAAGACGAAAAGUAGUCACGACGGGAAGAACAGAAAUGGUCUCUCAGGCAUCAGCUUUGUAUGGCCAAAACCUGAGGAGGUUGAAGCGCGUAUGAGAGAAUUGCGAGCCAGUGAAAAUUCGGGUAUUUUUGUGGGAGAUUUCAGCAACUUUGACGAUGCUUUGAGGAAGACAGGGAUGAAUUACCAAUGGCGACAAAGGGCCUAUAUAGAAGGGCGUCUCACCAUCGAAGGCCGUUCGGCUAAGGUUGAGGUGAAGUGUGGGAGGGAUCGCUGCGACGCAUGUCUUGUAUACAGUUUGCGGCGUGAGACAGAGUGUAAGGUGCUUGUGACGCAUACCUGCGCACCUGCGGUGUUGAGCUUCAGAUGUUCAGUGUCCUCUACAUCUAUGUACAAUGCCAGGAAAUGUGUUUUUACUCGCUUUCCCAGAUAUGUACAUUUUGUCUGGCCGGUAGGCGGUGGGUCGCCUCAGUAUUUCCAAGCCCUCGUUGGUUUCCAAUUUCAAACCGCCUUCUCACAACCGUUCAACAAAACGUUUCAGGUCGAUCUGUCUGCUCACUGUUGA